AUGUUAACAAUGAAAUAUCUGAUAUUAUCAUCUAUGAUUUUCAUCAAUACGGUUUUAUCAAAUCCAAUUACAAAUUAUACUCAAAGUCAUAGAGGAUGUGGACCAUUUGGAAUAGAUAUUGAUACAUUACUUGCGAAAGAAGGUGUAGGAUCAAUAACUCCAUGUUGUGUUCAACAUGAUCAAUGUUAUUCAACUUGUGGUACAACUCGAGAUAUGUGUAAUAAUGAUUUUAAGAAUUGUACAACAACUGCUUGUAAAACUCAGCAAACUUCAUCUUCUUCGAAGUGUCUUAACUAUGCAAAUAUUUUAUAUCGAAUCACAUCAGUUCUUGGUAUCCCAUCGUUCGAUAUUAGUCAAGCAGUUGCAUGUAAUCAAACUUCUCAAUUGGGUUAA